AUGUGUGCCAGACGCUGUCAAACAAAUAAUAAAGCGUGCGACUGUUGCAGCGUCCGGAGAGUGAAAUGCGAUGGCAGGUCCCCAUGCGCACGAUGCGAAACUGCGAACAUAGAAUGCACUUAUUUGAGGAUUCCGAAAAAGAGGGGACCCAAAAGCAUGCGACAGCGCAGCAUCGACAAGAUCACGACGACAAAACAACAACUGCAACAAGAACGGCAGCAGUAUGAACAAAAUUUCUCUCAACAAAGCCCACAAGAAGAACAACAGCUUCUUGAAAGCGACCACAACAUCACCAGGGAGGGGCGCAGCACGGGUAGCAGUUCCACCAUUGAGGGUAUUUGCUAUAAUCACGUGAAUUCGAGCCUAAACUCCAAUUGCUUCUUCCUGUCGGGCUCAGAGAGACUUCCAGAGUCUGUUAUUGACCAGUGCUUGGUUCUGUAUAGCGAUAAUCUUUACAAAGCAUGGCCUUUAAUGCAGCUUGGAGCUCUACGGAAAAUUCUUCACACAAGUGCGACCUUUAAGUCUACUGCUUACUUUUUUCUAGUAGCCCUCUGUGCAGCAACGCUGGCUGACCUUCAGACGAAUUUGACCUUUCGUCACAACGAUAACAAGACGCAAUCUUCUUAUGUUCUUAAAGCCGAGGACUUGGCUUGGAUGUGCGUCAAUCAGCGCGCAGCUUACGACGAUCUGAAUAGUCCUGACCUUUAUGGGGUUAUGCUUUAUUAUUGCCUACACCGAUGUUUUGCCCGGAAUACAGACUUGCUAAACAUCACCCUUCGUUGCUGCUCAAGCGCAAUUACAAUGGCGCAUAUUUGUAACCUCCAAGAAGAAAGAACUUAUUCCAAGUUCUCUCUUGAGGAGCAACAGAUAAGACGCAGAGUUUUCUAUCUGCUCUUAAUAACUGAACGGUAUUACUCGAUUAUGGCCAAUUAUCCGAUUACAUUUGAUGCAAAUGUCCAAAUUCCCGACGCUGGAACUGAAGACGAACCCGAGUCCUCGCUUACCAGCUUUCUGGCUCUCAUACGCAUUUUCACCAUUCCAGAGAAAUCGUUUUUCGAAGAAAUUCGCCACGAAUCUAAUGAUUUUUAUUUAAAUUCCCCUUCUCUAGACCCGAGUGUUUUUUCUAUUAAACCGGGUACUACAGACAUGAUUUUGAACCCCCACCUUGACGACAUCCUUAGUGCUCGCGAUUGCGACCGACCACUGUGGUGCGGGAAGUUGUCGGCUUCGCAUACAAUUCCUAGCAUGCUUGCUGCAUUGAACGUCGAGCAGGAAAAAAUUGGUCUUUUUUUUGCAGGCAAUGUGGACCGGUCCAUUUCAAUUCACUGGAUGAAGAUCCUUAUAUGGAAGUUGGCUUUGAAAAGAUCGAAAAUUGUCAGUAAAUGCGCUUCCUCUUCUGAAAAGUCAAUGGUGCCAAUGAAUAUGCAAUCCUUCGUACAAAUAUUGCAAAAAAAUUCAGGUGUCAAUUUUGAUCUUCCAGCCUCUCUAAUUAAAGAUCUGCUUUGCGACGUUUUGCUCAUGCCCAGAGAAGAAGUCAAAAUUUAUGGUCCAGGGUUUGAGGAAAAGUUGUUUGACAUAGCAAACACGGUGGCUGAUUGUCUCAUCUUCCGGGAAGAAAAAGAUAGUACUACCCUUUCAGUGCUACGCGACCUUUCAGGCUUUAUCUCAUCCCUUCACCCAAAGAAUAAGAUGAGGCUCAGCAAGUUCAGCACGAAAAUGCAGGAUGUCUGCGCAGCUGUUCGGGAUCCAAUUGCCUUUUUUUCGCCAUUUUCCGGAAGCGCUGCUCAUAUAGAUGACAGAGGAUAUCAAGAAAAGGAUGAAAAGGAUCAAAGUCGGCAGUCACAAUCAAGUUGCACAGGCCAGCCACGAAGUUCACAGAAUUCAAUUCAAGAGAACGAGUUAUUUGAUCAGAGCCAGGCAAUUUUCAGCAAUUGGCAAACUUUCGAAGAUUAG